CGUGUGUGUGUGUUCGAUUGAUUUUUGUUGUUUUGUUUUCGAGAUAAUCAUAAUAUCAUCGACUAAUACAAUGGAUAUUUUUUCAUUAAAUUCCAAUAACAAUGUAGCAUCAUUGAAACAAGUUCCACUUACAUGUAAUGGUCAUACUAGGCCGAUUGUUUAUCUACAUUUUAGUUCGAUUACUGAGAAUGGUUUCUAUUUGAUUUCAGCUUCAAAAGAUGGUAAACCGAUGCUUAGAAAAGGUGAUACCGGUGAUUGGAUCGGUACAUUUGAAGGACAUAAAGGAGCCGUUUGGGGUGUUGUUUUAAAUAGUGAUGCUUCAUUAGCAGCUACUGGUUCGGCUGAUUUUACAGCCAAAAUUUGGAAUACAACACAAGGUGAUGAAGUAUUUUCAUUACCACAUAAACAUAUUGUUAAAAGUGUUGAUUUUAGUUCAGAUGAUAAUCAAUUACUUACAUCAAGUAAUGAUAAAAUUAUUCGAUUAUUUGAUUUAAAUAAUAUUAAUUCGGAUCCACAGAAUUUUAUCGGUCAUGAUGAUAACAUACGACAGGCAUUAUUUUCCAAUAUCGAAGGUACACAAUUUGUAAGCUGUGCUGAUGAUAAAACAAUACGUUUUUGGGAUAAACGUUCAACAAAAGAAUGUUUUAAAUUAACAUUUGAUCAAAAACCAAAUGGAAUUGAAGUGACUAAUGAUAAAUCAAUAUUAUCAAUUUGUUAUGAUCAAAAUGUUAUAUUUUUUGAUCUAUCGAGAAUGGUACAGAUAAAAAAAUUUCAAGCACCAACAGUAAUUGAAACAUCAUCAUUACAUCCAGAUAAAAAUGUUUUUGUUUGUGGUGGUUUGGAUUUUCUCAUUUAUAAAUGUGAUUAUAAUCGUUGUGAAACAAUUGAUUCUUAUUCUGGACAUUUUGGUGCCGUACAUUGUUUACGAUAUUCACCGGAUGGUGAAUUAUAUGCAAGUGGUAGUGAAGAUGGUACAUUACGUUUAUGGCAAAAUACAAUUGGAAAAACUUAUGGCCUAUGGAAAUAUGUUGAUAGUAAUGAAACGGAAUAAACCAGCAAACCGCAAAAAGAUCAAUUGGCUUUCAAU